AUGGACGACUUCAUACAAGCCAAGGAAGCUCAGACGCACGCAACCAUACCACUACCUGCCGAGUUGCGCAACUGCGUCUACAGUCUUGUCCUCGUCGACGAAGAUGCUCGGCCAAAGACAACCCUCGUACAGCCGCCCUUAACGUGCGUCAGCCGCUGGACCCGCAUCGAGGCCCUACCCAUCUACUACGGCGAGAACGAGUUUUCGCUCACAAUUCCUUCACCCAGUAGUUUCGGGGCCGUGGACAAUUGGUAUCGUUUCGUCAGGAUGAUGCGCGUCUUCGCCGCGGGUGGGCCAGGAGGCAAACAUAUGACAUGGCUGCGCUUCAUCAAGAACAUAUCUGCGAAAUGCUGCGCUCAAAUUGAUUAUGUGGAGGAGGAGUACUACCACGAGCCGGAAAUCUUCCAGUUUGGAUUCCAAUGUAUGCACCGCCGAAAGGGGGGCAAGGAGGUUAACAGGAUCGGUAAAAAUAAGCUCGACUGGACAGAUAUGGAUACUGUCGACAAGGCUUUUGACAAGGCAGUCUUACGUCUGGAACACCGCGGAGAAGUAUCCGAAGAUAGUCUGGCCCAUCAUAUUCCCAUGAAGCGGGUCGUUAACGCACUGUACAUGGUCGCAAACAUGUGCCCUGAGGCCACACAAUGGGUCGAGAUUUUCUUCUAA